CCCUCAAUCAAAAUGUUCAAAUUCGUCGCCUUCUUCGCUUUGUUGGCUGUUGCCGCUGCUGCUCCUGGUUUGAUUACCGAGACCCAUCAUGUUGUCCAACCUGUCGUGACCAAAACAGCCUAUGUUGAUAACAGUGCCUCGUCGGCCAUCACCCAUCAAAGCUUCACCAAUUUGGAAAGAAAAGUCCCAGUAGUCCACACCGUUGCUGCUGCCCCAGUUGUCAAGACUGUGUCGACUCCAGUUGUUCACACCUACGCAGCUCCUUUGGUUAAGACAGUCUCUGCUCCUGUAGUUCACACCUAUGCCGCUGCUGCUCCUUUGGUUAAGACUGUUGCCGCUCCCGUUGUUCACACUUAUGCCGCCGCUCCUGUUCUUAAGACUGUUGCUACCCCUGUUGUCCACACCUAUGCUGCUGCUCCCGUUGUUCACACCGCUCCCUUGGUGAAGACUGUUGUCGCCGCUCCUGUUGCCUAUACUGCCUUCCAUUAA